AUGGCCGAAAUGAACCUCGCGCUUAGACGGUCGUACGCACAGUUAUUUGCUCAGGCCGCACUGGCUGCUCUGGAAACCGAGAUUGACGACUUGUCACCUGCUUUGAGCACUAAUGUUGCGGAGAUAGAAUCCUCUGUAGCACAAAAUAGUUUGCAUCCGCAAGUUCCAGCUCAACUUGGUCCGGUUCUAGCUCUCGUGGUUCUUGCCAUCUAUGAGUAUUGUCAGCGUGGUAAUAUAUCCAGAAUGCGGGCUCGAGGUAACCAGGCUAUCACAACUGCUAUGGAUAUCUCCUUUCAUAGACUCGACUCGACGGUGACAAAGUAUUCUGAGGCACAGAGACGAGCUUGGUGGAUGACGAUUUGGGUCACAUAUCUAUCGUCAAACCUGCAUCUUUCUCCACCAAUUGUUUCUUUGGAUGAUCCGCGAAUAACUACGCCCUAUCCCAAAUUUGAUGUUCAUCAGGAGCCAUGGCCCAUAAUGAUGAAAGCCCAAGAGGCUCUUUUCGAGUCUAACAAAAUGGUCCAGAACAUCGAACGAGUGGAUGAGACAGCCGUUCUCUCCAAUUUCGGCACCCGGAUACGCAAUCUGGAUUCGAAUCUUGUAUCUCUAAUAUGUGAAGCAGACCGCCAUCUUUUAACGACUUUUGAUGAAGGUCCAGAGAGAUCUGUAGCUCAAACCAUGUGGAUGAUCAGCCGCAUGUUCAUCCAUGCUGCUCGCACUCGCCUGCACCGCUUCCGUGCCUUCAUGGACAUCCCACUUUUCCUCGACAGAUACUGCGAUCUUGCAGCAAUCAACAGCGCAGAUUUCCCGCAUCAAACAUCUGCUCCCAAGUGGGUGACAGACUGCGAGGCCUCAUUCCCGUUCACGGAGCAAGAAUCCUCGACUAUCUGCCUCAAGUCUUCGCUUGUGGUAACGACAAUAUAUCGUACUUUGCCGUAUCCGAAUCCACUUGACUCGACCUUCUCUUCUAGAUCCACAACAUAUCCGAAAACUAUCCCUUACUUUGCUUGCUCGGCUAUGCAGAGCUGCUACGCUCUUCUCAUGCUAUUGCAUCGAUUGCGUGCCUCUCUAGCGACGGAUCGGCUUGCGGAUUGUUAUCACCUGCUUAGUAACCCUACUCCCGAGUCGGAGAUUGCUGAUGCUGAGAGAUUGAGGGAGGAGCUGAGACAUGGGGUGGAGGUUCUUGGCAGUUCUCUGAAAUCGGAUGUGAUUUUUGAGGGUGUUGGG